AUGCCAAACAUUUUUCGCAGUUUUCUCUCGAAUCGCUAUGAUGGCAAGCACGAACGCUUCUACAAACGUUAUGAAGCCUUAUAUCGAAGAAUUCCAAAUAUGGCACCAAUGCCAAGACCAAAAACAUGUAACAACCCGAGGAUAGUCCCAAAACUAGAGUCAAAAACAAAGUUUAACUAUUAUUAUGGUAGUAGGGAGCCCACCAGCGAUUGGCGUUUUGGCGAUGCUAUACCAAUUGUGGCCAGAAGGGAGAUGGAGGAGCGUCUGGGCGUUCAGCUAAUGAGUCUCCAACCAAUUUCAGAGAACUACCUGGUCAGUCACAUAAUCUGGGAACUUAAAAUGCCCGAACAAAGCCUUGACUUGAUACCAAAAACUAAAAAGGGUAUCAAAGUAGGCAUCAUUACGGUUGUACCCGAACCUUCCAAGACUGGCUCGAAAUUUCUAAGGAAAAGGCGAGUCUUGGCCAAAGUAACAGAGCCAAAAAAUGCUAUGGUCACGCCAAUAGAACAGCAAAAGAAACCGGCGGGAAAGAGACGUUUUAGGCGGCAGGGCGAGCAAUUCAAAUGUAGUGAUUGUAUUAGGAAGUUUGAUCAUUCUUGGAUGCUGAUUGCCCACAUGAGAAGUCACACUGGAGAAAGACCCUUUGUGUGUCCGGAAAGGUCUUGCCAGAGGUCCUUUGCCGAUCGCUCUAAUCUACGCUCUCAUCAGCGGACAUUGGGCCACCACGAGUGGCAGCAUCAGUGUGGACAGUGUGGCAAGUAUUUCAGUCAAGUUUGCUACCUAAACCGCCACUCGUUGGAUGCUUGCCGCAAAUACCUGAUGAUCAUUAUGCAUAAGAAAUGGUAG